AUGCCUUUAUGGAUCAAUUCACACUUGGGGUAUCGUGCACUAACAAUUCGUUUUACAGAUUCAACGACUCCAUCAGAUCAGAAUAUAUCGCAAACAGACGGGAGUUCCAGCGAUUCUGGCGCUACGGACAGUACAUCAACGGAUGAUCCAACUUCAGCCACACCAGAUCCAGGUACCAGUUCACCGACCCCUCAGUCGACUACCACAACUACCACAACAACCCAAGAGCCUACUACUACGACCACAACAACAGACGCACCUACCACUGAAACUACCACAGAAGAACCUUCUCCAACUGUCACGCAAUCCCCACAAACAACCCCCAGUAAUCCUGCUCCAUUUACCACGACCGAUGUAGUUGUCCACGUUACCAGUGUGAUAGCAUCACAGCCAUCCAGUAUAUCAUCUGUUUUCAUUCCGUCAAGUUCUAUGACUUUAAUAUCAUCGAGUGUCAUUGCAUCAGCGGCAUCUACAUCCGUUAUGCAACCACUCCCUACUACUGCAAGUUGCUCUGCCAAUAAUGCCACGUGUCCCACAGGGCAAUACUGCAAUGCAAGCAAUCAAACAUGCCAAGUGAUGCUAGCUGAUGGAACUGCAUGUUCCAGCGGUAAUAUGUGCUUAUCCGGGACGUGCAGUGAUUCGAUUUGCGGGCCAUCCUCUUCAUCAUCUGGACAAAAUUCUGCUGGAAAAAUCGCUGGUAUUGUGCUAGGCUCUGUAGGGGGUGUAGGAUGUGCCGUAGGGGUGCUGUUGUGCGUACGAAGGCGUAAUCGAAACCAUCAAAUACAGCGGAUGCGAGGGUUCACGCCGUCCAUGGCACUCAAUGGACACCUGAACGAUAAAAACAUGGGAAGUUUCAAACGGAUGAACAACGCCGAGCGACACAAAUCAGAUUACUCUUUUACCAGCGAGCAGGCGGCGCUGGAGUCCCUGAGCAGUAUGUCGAUGAGCAUGUCGCCUAUUGGACGACAAUCCGCCGUCUACUACAAAGAUAACCAACUCCACAGCUUGUCAGGGACCAUGUCCCCCUUUGAAGACGGCGACGCCACAUCGUAUACCAGUUCCCAGCCGGUCAUGAUGGCCAGUGUCCCAUUGGCUACGUACAAGCAUGCCCCCCGAUCGUCGAAAUUCGAUUUCCUUCAAAAUGCUCUUGCCAACCGUCACCCCAUUCAAACAGCUGCCAGCCCGCUGGCCAAGUCCUCUCCGUCCAUAGCAUCGUCGGUGCGAAAUUCAGGCUUGAGUUCUGUCAAUGGAAGUAAUUGGGAAGCUCUUAUUAGUCCACCGCGGUCGGGCUUUGUAGACGCUGAGCGACGGGGCUCCAAUCGUAUGUCCUCUACGACAUUUGGUUCUGGCCACCAUCAUGUCGGCAUAGGUGACGACGAGAGCGUGGCCGACCCUAUCUUUUCUCCAGCGGUUUCUCAUGCAUCUGCCAGAGUGGUGAUGCCUAACCAAACACUUCCUCCACCUUCUCAUAAUCCCUUCCGAACCCACACACCUUCCAUCGUCCCUCAAGAUGCCUGGACUAAAGAGGAUGAGGAUGGUAUGAAGAACUACCAGUACUUUUAA